AUAAAUUUUAAAUGGGAAAUUAAUGUACUGCAAUAGAUCAUUGUUCAAAAGCUGAGGUUAUUUUUGAUACAACUAAUAAUGAAAUAUACACAGAGAAUAUAGAAUUAACAGAUAGGCCAUCAGAAGAUUUUGUAUAAUCGAUAAGAAUGAGUUAUAGACCCUAACAAUCAAUUCCAAUAUAGAAAGUAUAGGUUUCGGUAGAAGUUGAAGAUAAGAUAGAGGAACGACCAACUUAUUAGUUUCCAGAUGGAGUUCUAUAUACAGGGUAAUGGAAAGGGACGAUACGGGAGGGUCAUGGAAUAUAAGAAUGUAAAAGGAUUAUAAAAUUAUAAAGGGCCUGAUGGUGCAAGAUAUGAAGGAUAGUUUCACAAUAAUGUACCACAUGGUAGAGGGAAGUUUAUUCAUGCAGAUGGAGAUAUAUAUGAAGGAGAAUGGAAUGAAGGAUAAGCAGAGGGAUAUGGUACUUUUUAUUAUAAACUGAAUGGAAAGUAUGAAGGAGAAUGGAAGGAAGAUGUUUAACAUGGAUUUGGGAAAUAAGAAUGGCCAGAUGGAUCACGUUAUGAAGGUAAUUAUGUAAAUGGAAUGAAACAUGGGGAAGGAAAUUAUUAUUGGGCAGAUGGUACAUCAUAUUAGGGAGAAUGGGCAUAGAAUUAAUUUAAUGGAUAAGGAGUAUAUGCAUGGGCAAAUGGAAGAUCAUUUGAAGGAUCAUUUUUAAAUGGUUUUAUGCAUGGAUAUGGUAUAUAUAAAUGGCCUGAUGGAAAAUCAUAUUAAGGAGAGUUUAAAAAUGAUAAAAAGGAUGGUUUUGGUGUUUAUACAUGGGCAGAUGGAAAGAGAUAUGAAGGAAGUUUUGCAGAUGGAUUAUAGAAUGGAAGAGGAACUAUGGUAUUUUAAGAUGGAACGAUCAAGUAGGGUAUUUGGGAGAAGGGAAAGAGAAUGGGAUGGUUAGAUGAAAAUAAUGAAUUGCAAAAAAGUUUAAUAAUGAGUUAGAUUGGAAAUUAGAGCUUAUAUUAAAGUUAGUUGCCAAGUUAAGUAAGAAUGGUUUAGGAUUGA